AUGCGAUGGCACGGCAGCAUCGCUGUGUUGUGUGUGCUACGUCUGUCGCUGCUCGCUACAGCUUCUCAGCUCACCUCCCGUCUUAUCUCCAAGAACGCGAUAGCUGUCGGCACACUAGGCAGGCAAGGUCGAGAGGAAGAGCGAACAGAGCGAAAGCCCGGCCGCUCAGGAGAGACCACGACACCCAUGCAUCGCAAGGAAGACGAGAAACCCUCGGAGGAAUUUUGGGAGCACUUCUUCCGUGAAGAGAAUUUCCAAGGCAAAACUCUCGGAGAUUUCCUGAACGAUGCGUCUCCCACUCCGACCGCAGUGAAAAAGAGAGAGGCAUGGUUCGACGUUCCCCAUCGGGAGCUUUUCUACAAAGAAGAGGACCUCCGCUGCUUCCGCACGAACGGCACCUACAUCGGAGACGACUGGGACCCGGAUGAUUUGGAGGAAGAAGCCGUUGGAUCCGAACAGGAACCGGACCAAGAAUCAGAACCACCGACAGUUUCUGUUUCCUCCUCCGCGGAUGAUGCCAUUCGCGUUCCACGUAGGAAAGAGGCGGAACACACUGGGUGCCAGGAAGAGGGAGAGUGGGAGGAGGAGGGAGAGGGGCGGUUGCCGGGUACGGGCUCCACGGUGAAUAGACCCGCGCAGACGCCUGAAGAGUUGUGCCUCGGAGCCGCGGCUUUCGCUGCCGCUUCCGCUGCUUACGGUAGGCCUUCUUCUUCGUCAUCUACGCCUUUGGCCCCCGGUGGUCUUGCGUUGCCGUCCCAGGGCGGUGGCGGUACCAACGGUUCUUCCGAAGGAUCCGGGAACCUUCCUGUGGAAGGAAAUCGUGUCGGGAAAACUCGUUCUUCUGGACGAUAUCGGAGUUCCACCGCUGCCGCUAGCUGCGGCAGAAGUGUCAACGGCAGCAGCAGCGGCAGCGGCAGCAAGGAAGGCCACCCGACGGGUAGCAGCAGGAAUGUCAAGAAGAGCGGGGGGCAUGGCGGACCGAAGCAGCAACAGAAGCAACGUCACGAACGAGUGGGAGGGAAGAGGCAACGGAGCGCGGCGUCGGGCGAUGGUGGGUUAACGGGGGCUUCGGUCGGUGAUUCCAGUGGCGACGAUCCGCGGAAGAAAAGGAGGGCGGCAGGCGGCGUCUUGGCACCGACGAGCAGCUCUCUCGGCAGAGCUGCGGCAACAAAGUCUGUCCUGGAUGAAAUCGGUGUCGCCAACAACAAAGACCCGAUGCAGAAGAAGCUUCGUGAGUUCCGCCAGAAGAAGUCCAGCACGGCGACCGCCGUCGCAGGGGCAGGCACCAGCAAGGCAUCAACCAAGGGUAAGAGAGCGGUAUCCAAGACGACGUCCGUCCAGAGCGUAGCGGCCAUGCAGGCAAAGCCGGCACGUGGACGGCCUGCCUCAACUCGAGGCCGGACUAGUGUCGCCUCGGCCCAUGCGGAUGCCGCGCCAAGAGCUGCGGUCCGGGGGUCACGAUCAGCGUCUUUGAAGGGUUCGGUGGCCUCGGCGGUGGGGUCACCGGCGAGGGGGAGGGCAGGGACGGUCAGUUCCACCCCAGGUGGUGUAAGCUUAGGCGUGAGCACCGCUUCCAUCGCCGGAGGGGCAGAGGCGGAGGCCAAGAAAAACGUCUCCUCGUCCACGAACGUUCCCAGGAGCAAUCCCAAGACGGUGUCGAAGCCGGUGACUACGGUGAAGCGCAGCGUCAGCGGCAAUGGCAGUGGUGUUGGAGGGCCAAAGAGUGCGAGAGAGCAAUCAACCGGUGUGAAGCGGAAGGGGCCGACAGUGCUGUCAAGCAACGUGACAGACCGAACGAAAAGGCGGCCCAGCGGUAAAAAUAAAACCGACAAAGACGACUCGGCGGCAUUGAGCUUUGACGAGGAUCUUAAGGCCAAGCUGGCGGCACACAACAGGGGGGUGACGAAGGGCAGACACACGUACGAGCCCUCCAAGGGACGAGUGAAGGACUGGAAGAAGUGGGAGAGCAAGACCGGCAAGAAGUACUACUCCCUCAAUCCCGACGAAAAGGCCGACGCCAACAGAGAGAUACUCGCCAUGCUCGCGGCGGAGAAAGACGGAUAGUUUUCCCUGGCAGGGAGAAAAAAUAGUCGCCAUGCUCGCAGCCGAGAGGGAUAGCGGUUAUUCAUAGAG